UGACAAAGCCACCACCAUUUUGUAAGGAACUGUAGCUUCUCUCUGAAACUGCCGGGAAAGGGAAAAUCUUUUUAAAAUUGACGUCACACAACCAACAGGGUCCCCUAGGUUCAGACGGGGAGGUGAGAGGAACGGCGUAGCACAUGCGGGGAUGCUCCUCCCUUCUCACCCUUCCCAGCUAAGGAGAAGGUCACUUUCUCUUUAAAUGCAAAUUAACUCCCUCCAGCUUAGCUUCCACCCGGUGGUGUUCCCAGGAGGAGAGGGCGGAGGGCGGAGGGAACUUGCACUGAAGGAAGCAUCAAUCGAGACCCCAAACCUCCAGGUGUGAGGCCCAGACAGCACCCAAUGGAUGACAAGAAGAAGAAACGGAGUCCCAAGCCCUGCCUGGCCCAGCCAGCCCAGGCCCCAGGCACACUACGCAGGGUCCCUGUGCCUACCAGCCACAGCGGCUCCUUGGCCUUAGGACUUCCUCAUCUGCCAUCCCCUAAGCAGCGGGCCAAGUUCAAGAGAGUAGGCAAGGAGAAGUGCCGCCCAGUGCUGGCCGGAGGUGGAGGCGGCUCUGCAGGCACGCCCCUGCAGCACUCCUUCCUGACCGAGGUGACUGAUGUCUAUGAGAUGGAGGGGGGACUCCUGAACCUGCUCAAUGAUUUUCACUCGGGCCGGCUGCAGGCCUUUGGGAAGGAAUGCUCCUUUGAGCAGCUGGAGCACGUUCGGGAGAUGCAGGAGAAGCUGGCUCGGCUGCACUUCAGCCUAGACGUAUGUGGGGAGGAGGAGGAGGAUGAAGAAGAAGAGGAUGGGGUCACUGAGGGGCUGCCGGAGGAGCAGAAGAAGACGAUGGCUGACCGUAACUUGGACCAGCUGCUUAGCAAUCUGGAAGACCUGAGUAAUUCAAUGUAUCCUUUCCAAGGAACCCAACUGUGUGCAUGUUCCUGCGAGGUCAGUUUCCUCCUCCCCAGCACCCUCCAGGAGUAUUCACACACAACCAACUUCCCCACCUCUUGCACUCUUGUCAGAUUUAGCCAGAUUGCCCGAACCCCCAGGUACAGGAAUUUAGAGUUUCCCAAAAAUUAGAAGAAAAGUGGUUGC